ACUUUCUCUCACUCUCAUUCUCUCCCCCAUUGCCUCCCUUCUCCUCCUCUCUUCCCCAUGGAGCCAUGGAGGGAGCAAACUCCUCCCCCCACCAAAUCCACCACCAACCUCACCGGAGAUCGCCGGAGGAUGUCCCUGACAAGCUUCUCCACCACCUCCUCCUCGCCGGGAACCAUGGGAAAGGUCAAGCCCAAGCUUUUCCUCUUCUUCUUCCUCAAGCUCUCAAGGAUGAACUCGGCCCGAUCUACUUCUACGUUGCCCUACGUCAACAAGCGGCAUCAAGAUCAUGCUCUACUCAUCGUCGAGACCGAAGCGCUGGAGCAAGAGGUCGGCGAGUCCCAACAAGACCCCAUCGCCAACGAUGCCUCGGUUGGCACCCAAGGUGACCCACAGCUUUUCCGUGGACGGGAGUGAAGGUCUAAGCCUGGAGGAAGACACUAUCUUCAUAUAGUGUCAACCUUCCGUUUAGGUGAUCGUGAGUGCCAUGCUAAAACCUUUCACUGUAAAUACUCUGAAUUUGUUGUAAAUCAACUUGAAUCUAUUUAUGCAAAGUGAU